AACCCUAGCGGAAUCGCGCUCCCGUGCCCGCAAACCCUACCCCUCGCCGCCACCCCGCCGCCGCGCCCCCCCCUCGCGAGCAGCCAUGGCUGUCGGGAAAAACAAGCGCAUCUCCAAGGGGAAGAAGGGCGGCAAGAAGAAGACCGUCGACCCCUUCGCCAAGAAGGACUGGUAUGACAUCAAGGCCCCGUCGGUGUUUAGCGUGCGGAACGUCGGCAAGACUUUGGUGUCCAGGACCCAGGGUACCAAGAUUGCCUCUGAAGGAUUGAAGCACAGAGUGUUUGAGGUCUCCUUGGCUGAUCUUCAGAGCGAUGAGGAUCAGGCGUACAGGAAGAUCAGACUUCGUGCAGAAGAUGUGCAAGGAAGGAACGUGCUCACAAACUUUUGGGGCAUGGAUUUUACUACUGACAAGCUGAGGUCACUGGUGAAGAAGUGGCAGACCCUCAUUGAGGCUCAUGUCGAUGUCAAGACAACUGACAAUUACAUGCUCAGGCUUUUCUGUAUUGGCUUCACCAAAAGACGCCCCAAUCAAGUGAAGCGCACCUGCUAUGCGCAGGCGAGCCAGAUCCGUCAGAUCCGGCGUAAGAUGGUGGACAUCAUGUCAAACCAAGCCUCAACAUGUGACCUUAAAGAGCUUGUAUCGAAGUUUAUCCCAGAGGUCAUUGGCAAGGAGAUUGAGAAAGCAACAUCAAGCAUUUUCCCACUCCAGAAUGUCUUCAUACGGAAGGUGAAAAUCCUGAAGGCACCCAAGUUUGACUUGGGAAAGCUGAUGGAGGUGCACGGUGACUACAAGGAAGAUGUUGGUACCAAGCUGGAGAGGCCUGCUGACACUGACGAAGCCAUGGCUGGACAGGAGGUCGCCGCUGCAGAGUGAUGAUGCUUUUGGGUUACUUUUCUGUCGUUUAUGUUUCUAGGAACCUAUCGUAAGUUGGUGAUAUGAACUUCCCAGUCAACGUUUGAUACCUGCUUUGCGCCACACUUUUGUCGAGACCUGUUCUGUGGCUGCAUGAUUUCGUAUGAAAACUGAAGAAUAUUUGCUGGGUUUUCCGUUUUGGCCAGUAAUUCAGAUGGAAUGGAAAGAUCAAGUCUGAAAGUCUUGCGUGCCCA